GAGCAACCGACGUCGCUUGCUCCCAGCGGCCGUGGAGGGGCGGGGCUCCGCUCGUAAGCAGGCCGGGGGGAGGGUGAGAGCAGAAGCGGCCGUUGGGAGAGAGGCGUUUCGCGCCUGAAGUGGCCGCCGCCGCCGCCGAACAAUGGACGAGCCUAUGGCGGGAGCAGGGCCCACCGCGGCCGGUCCUGUCGCCAUGGGUGGGGAAAACGAGGCUGAAAGCCGGCAAGGCCCCGCGGACCGGGCCGACGGAGAGUCGCGGCUCAACCUGUUGGACACUUGCGGGGUGUGCGGCCAGAACAUCCAGAGCCGGCGGCCCAAGCUGCUGCCGUGCCUCCACUCGUUCUGUGUGCGCUGCCUACCCCCUCCGCACCGCUACCUCAUGCUGCCGCCUCCCGCCGCACCUUCGCCGGGCGCCGGCGGCCCCAAAGACCCGCCGCUGCCUCCUCCGCCGCCUUUGCUUCAGCCUUCCCCGGCCCCCUCGUCGCCCGUUGCCACGCCGCCCUCGCCGCUGCACUGCAACCCGGUUGGUGUUGUUCGUUGCCCAAUUUGUGGCCAGGAAUGCGCAGAAAGACACAUUAUCGAUAACAUAUUUGUGAAGGAUACUACUGAGGUUCCUACUAGUACGGUGGAGAAGUCAAAUCAGGUUUGUACAAGCUGUGAAGACAAUGCAGAAGCCAAUGGUUUUUGUGUGGAGUGUGUUGAAUGGUUAUGCAAGACCUGCAUACGAGCUCAUCAAAGGGUGAAAUUCACGAAGGAUCAUACAGUCAGACAGAAAGAGGAAGUAUCUCCAGAAGCAGUUGGUGUAACUAGUCAGCGACCUGUGUUCUGUCCUUAUCACAAGAAGGAGCAGCUAAAGCUUUAUUGUGAAACUUGUGACAAGCUGACAUGUCGGGAUUGCCAGUUGCUGGAACACAAAGAACACAGGUACCAGUUUAUAGAAGAAGCCUUUCAGAAUCAAAAGGUUAUAAUUGAUACAUUAAUUACGAAGCUGAUGGAAAAAAGCAAAUAUAUAAAAUAUACAGGGGAGCAGAUUCAAAAUAGGAUUCAUGAAGUGAAUCGGAAUCAAAAGCUGGUGGAACAGGACAUUAAAGUUGCUAUUUUCACAUUGAUGGUAGAAAUAAACAAAAAGGGGAAAGCUCUACUCCAUCAGCUUGAGUGUCUAGCUAAAGAACACCGAAUGAAGCUUGUACAGCAACAACAGGAAGUGGCAGGUCUUUCUAAGCAACUGGAACAUGUCAUGGACUUUUCUAAAUGGGCUGUCACCAGUGGUAGCAGCACAGCAUUACUGUACAGCAAACGCCUAAUUACAUAUCGAUUAAGAUACCUCCUUAGAGCAAGGUGUGAUGCCUUACCAGUGUCUAACACCACCACCGUGUUUCACUGUGAUCCUAGCUUCUGGGCCCAAAAUAUCUUCAAUUUAGGUUCUCUGGUAAUUGAAGAUAAUGAGACCCCACCACACAUGCCUAAAAGCCCUGUGAUGGAACCAAACAUACAGCCACAAAGUGGCUUACCUUCAAAUCAACUAUCCAAGUUCCCAACACAGAUCAGUUUAGCUCAACUGCGACUUCAGCACAUGCAGCAGCAGGUCCUCGCUCAGAGGCAGCAGGCUCAACGGAGGGCAGGUCCUGUGGGGCUCCCAAAUCCUAGAAUUGCAGGGCCCAUGUACCAGACUCCACCGCCACCACCUCCUCAGCAGCCACCUCCACGUUUGGUUAACUUUCAGAAUCACAGCCUCAAACCCAAUGGCUCUGUUCCUCCAGCUCAGCCAAUGAGGAUUCCUCAAAAUCAGAAUAUACCACAGUCAGCUGUACGGCCCAAUCCACUGCAGAUGGCAUUUUUGGCACAGCAAGCUAUUAAACAGUGGCAAAUCAACAGUGGACAUGCUUCUGCUGCUCCCUCAAAUGCCAGCAGUACAACAUCCACUCCUUCCAGUCCUACCAUUAAUAGUGCUGCUGGAUAUGAUGGGAAAACACCUGUUCCACCUAUGAUUGAUCUGUCCUCAACAAUGGGUGGCUCCUAUACUCUGCCUUCUCUUCCUGAUAUUGACUGUGCAGGAAGCAUUUCACUGGAAAGCAUUGGGAGGAGAGAAGGAAUUGUUGAGCAGAGCCAACCCAAACCACCUUCACGCAAAACUGUCCAGUCCCCAAAUUCAUCAGUGCCAUCUCCAGGCCUUUCAGGUGCGGUUGUCCAUCCUCCAAUUCGUUCACCCAGUGCCUCUAGUGUUGGAAGUCGAGGCAGCUCUGGCUCUUCUAGCAGACCAUCAGGUGCAGAUUCAACCCAGCGAGUCCCUGUGGUCAUGUUGGAGCCUAUAAGAAUAAAACAAGAGUCUGGUGUGCCAAGUGAACACUAUGAUUUCCCUGUUGUAAUAGUGAAGCAAGAAACAGAUGAAGAAUCCCGGAAGCAAAACACUAGGUUUCCAGGAAAUUUACUUACCUCAUUGUUGUUGAAUAACAAUCGCAAUCGCUCAUCUGAAGCAACCGUCUUGAGAACAGAAGCACCAGACAGUACAGGUGACCAACCAUCCAAUGGCAAGGCAGCAUGGAUAGGGACGCCUCAUGUUGGAGAAAGCAGGAAAGAUGAUGACCCCAAUGAGGACUGGUGUGCAGUGUGUCAGAACGGAGGAGAGCUUUUGUGUUGUGAUAAAUGUCCUAAAGUGUUCCACCUUUCUUGUCAUGUUCCCACACUCAGGAAUUUUCCAAGCGGAGAAUGGAUUUGUACAUUCUGCCGUGAUUUGUUCAAGCCAGAAAUGGAAUAUGAUUGUGAUGGCCCAAGUCAUGUGACUGAAGAAAAAAGAAAACUGGAAGGCAAUGUGGGAUUGGCACCUAUGGAUCAGAGGAAGUGUGAAAGAUUACUACUGUACCUUUACUGCCACGAAAUGAGCCUUGCUUUUCAAGAUCCAGUCCCUCCCACGGUGCCUGACUACUACAAAAUAAUCAAGAAGCCAAUGGACUUGUCAACCAUCAAAAAUAGAUUGCAACUGCAUCAUCCAUUGUACACAAAACCAGAAGAUGUUGUAGCUGAUUUCAGACUGAUCUUUCAAAACUGUGCUGAAUUUAAUGAGCCUGAUUCAGAAGUGGCUGAUGCUGGCAUGAAACUGGAAGCUUAUUUUGAGGAACUCCUGAAGAACAUUUUUCCAGAAAGAAAAUUCCCUGCCCAGUCUUAUUGCCGUGCUGAUAGAGAUAGUCCCAACUCAACAGAUGACUCUGAUGACGACUUUGUACAGCCACGGAAAAAACGUCUCAAAUGGGAAGAACGCCAGUUUGUAAAAUGAACUGGAUAUAGGCACUGCUAAAGAUUUUUUCCCAAUAAAUAUUUAUCAACAUUCAUUUUGGGGAGGGAAUUUUAUGAGCACAUUGACAUCUACAGAUAUGGACAUUCACUGGGAGUCCUACCUUGGUACAAAUUUGCCAAGAAGUGAGGCAUGUAGGAGACAUUAGAAAAAUUCUAUAAAAUUUACUCUUGGUUUUUAGAAUUCAUUCUGCCACCACUCUAAAGUGACAACUGUUCAAAUCUUUUAUUUAGAAAGGAUUUGUAAAAAUUAAACUAAAGUUAGAAACAAAUUUAAUGUGUAGAUUUCAGGAAAAUGUGAUCUUACCAGAAAUUAAUUUACCAACGACAUGUGGCUGGCCAUAAUUUCAGUUCUUUGUACUGUACAUAACUGUUAGCCACUGAGAAGAGAAAAGCACUUGCUCUGAUUUUGGCCUAGGAUACAAUGAAUUGUCGUUGCUCGCAGAGAGCUACUUGUGCUCUGAAAUGUAAGGAGUGGGGAGAUGAAUUAAAGUACUUCGAAAAUGGACAUUUGAGUGUCUUCUUGUGCUCAUAUGGAGAGAAUUUUUAUACAAUUGGUUGUAAUUUCCUGCUGACCAGCAUUGCAUGUAUUUCUAAACCUUAAUCUAGCAAUGGAAGUAUUAAGGUUGACUUUUAUCUUCAUAGUUUAUCCUAUAUUACACAUACUGAGAGAGCUAGAAGGAAACCUCCCUCUGCUGCUUUUAUGAGAAUGAGUGGUCUGCUGUCAUAAGCUGGUUUGGAAUUUUUCAUUAGAAACAUACUGAUUUACUCAUUAAAGUAUACUGUGUGAUGCUUUCCCGAAUGAUUACAAAGAGAAAGAUCAUGUCUUUAAAUUUAUCCUCGCUUCAAAUUUUGAGUAUGCUAUCAAAAUCAACAUUGAAAUGGGAACUUUCCAUGAACUAAUAACAAGUGUAAACUACACUUGCACAAUAUGAAAUUACUUUUAAAUACCAUGAGGAAAUUCCAUGGACAAAACUUGCCCCAUUCCUGAUAACAGGGUUGACAGCAUCUGGUUUAGCUUCCACCACAAUUCCCUUCAUGCAUCCUUUUAACUUAAUUUGGCCUAAAUAAGUGAAUGACCACUAUUCACUUCCAGAGGUUGGGACUCCCAGGGAGAGGGAGUGAGACCUCACAUGGCCUAGAGCCUCAGCCUUGCUACCAUGCCGCACCCACCGCUGUCCUGUUGGCCCGAGUUCACACGUUUGGAGCUUGUGGAUUGGAAAAACUCCAGGAACGAGUGAGUGGGGAAGGGGAGAGGCCCUGGCCUGAUUGCCCUGCUGUGAGGCGACCUCUGUUGUUGCCACGGAGAAGGGAAGGGACAAGGUGGGUGAACAAACUUGGGGACAAAAAGGCAGUCAUUCCAGCAUAGGCCCACUGUAGAGCCCCACCGCAAUGUCUGGCUGUGGAAAAGGACCUCUAAAAAGAAGACGCUGUAUUUUUUCAAGCGCCAAUGUAUGAUACCUCCAGAUUCCAGCCUCCCUCCUCAUGUUCUUAGAAUUAUUCUUAAAGAUUAUAUCUUUUACAAGUAACAGUAAGACUGUCAAGGAGAUUUUAUGUAUUGCUUUCUAUAAACCUUUCCCUGUGGUUGGAAAGACACUAAAUACUCCUAUGCUGACAAGAUAUCUACAUCUACGCCUAAUUUCCACCAAUCCCUCAUUGAAGCAAUUUUAUGUUUUAUUUCCUAGAAGCAGCGGAAAGUUUGUUAGGAGUAUUUUAAGCAUUUUUUCUUAUAAGUUCUAUAAAGACUGAAUUACGGGAUGUGGAAAACGUCUAAGGGACACUGAGGAGGCAUUAUCCUCACCGAGGUCAAAGCAACUAAGAACUUACUCUUCCCCCCCCCCCAUGGCGGGAGUUGCCUCUUGGAAUGUAGCUAUACGAUAGAAACUCAAAAUCGUUUCAUUCCCUUAAUUGCCCUUGAUACAACAUCAAAAGCUGAGAAUCUGGAUACGCCACAAAUCGCAAACGCCAAUGGUAGAAUUAAUGGGGAUGGACCUUCCCCGAAGGGAACUAUGGAGGCUGAACCUGAUGAUUGCACAAGCUGCGAACAACUCUAUCUAGUAAUUAGAACCUUACAUUGCAUAUUUAAAAGAAUAUAUGGCCUAUCCUCAUAGUUGUACAGCCUCCAACAAAAAUUCAAUACUCCAUCGCAGCCAGGCCAUGAUGUGGCAGCAGGAGAUCAAAUGAGUCAGCGAAUACCCCCUUCAAUUAACAAAUGUAUUGCUAAAUGCAAUUACCGUACAACCACCAAUCCUUGAUUUUACAGCCAAGGAAAAUAUGCCUAUCUGGGAUGGGGAUCUAAGAUGGCCAACUUUGUGUGGGGCUAAAGAGCUUCUUACUGUGCUUCUAAACCUUGAGGCAUCGCAAAUAGAUCUUUGUGCGGUGCUCCUUUAACUUCUCAGCACAGACAUCAGAGAGUGAUGCUCGCCUUCCAAACUGCAAUAAUUCCCUCCAUCACCAUUAGGCAAAAAGCAGUCCUGUCUAGUCGUGGUAUGAUCCCAACGAGAGUCUUCAAGGAUUCCAACAUUAAACCUCUCCUAUCUGGGGGAUUAACCCAAGAGGCUUCUCGUCCAACUAGCUCUGAUCCAUCAAAGAAUGCUGGGCUAUACGCCCCAUACCAGCGCCAGACUUAUAACACCUUCAACCCUUCAGUUAAGAACUACGACUGUGCCGAUAAUUGCCUGACUCCCCCGGAGGAACGAGAGCUUAUUGCUUCCUUUGGAGUACUUCCUGCGACUGAACAACAGGAAAUUAUUAAUAGACUGGACUCGCUCAAACUUCAGCUCUCCAAUGUACUCUCCGAUAGAGCUUCUAAGAACAACGUCCAUCCUAUUGCAAUGGAGCCAUACCCCCAAGGAUGCUGAAGCACCUAUCCCCCAAUGCCCGCUUUCAAAUAGAGUGGCCCGUGUAUUGGAUGAUAAGGUUUUUACCAGGAAGCUAACCCUUGUUCCCCUCUUCACAUUGGACAUGCAUCUCCACUCCUAAUAGAUCUACACGCACCUCCCUUGAUUAAUCCGCAGAAGAAUGAAAUUCAAAAUAUAUCUCAACCUGAUAAUUUGUCACCUUCCUACUCCAUGCCGGAACUGGAGUCCUCAUAUACGGUCGUUCUGCCUAGAGCCGAGGUAACACAGGCCACUCCAAGGCUGGCCCCAUCAACGCAUUCCCGUCUACCAACAACUCCGGCAUCGCAACAAAUGCAUGAAGGAGAAAAUGCAGAGUCAAAUGUCUCCCUGGAGUGGAUUGAAGACCCAGCAGGACACAUAAAUCAAUUGACCACAAGCUUACUAGCUAUGUACCUGAGAAAGACAGCUCCAACUGAUACUGGGUCGUGUGAUUUGACUGUGCUUCAAUUUGCUUCUGUGAGAAGGAACGACUCACUACGACAGGUUGAUUACGUUGUACAGAAUAGUAGGUCUGGGCAGCUCUCACACCAACCACCCCAACAAAGCAAAAUAAUGGACUUUUUAUGGGGUCCUCCUUGCCUCUCAAGAGCACCCCCCUGCCCUUUAAAUGACAGCUGGGCGGUACAGAAAAUCUCCAUUAUCGGUCCUCUGUUGGAACAUAGCUGGCUGGCGUAGGAAAAAGCUCAAUCCAGAAUUCCAGGAGUGUAUUAAUUCUUUCAUAUCAUCCUAUUACAAGAAACCUGGGAGGAGGGUGAAAUUGUCAUAAAUGGUUUUGACCUCCUAACACUCCUCGGCACACGGGCAUUACACCUGUAAAACACCUUACAUCCUACCUAUCAACCCUCACCACUGCUAACCAUCGCUUUGCGUUCAUCAAAGCAAGGUCUAACGCCUUCCCCUCCAGGGUUCUGUCCCAUAGAUUCUCUAAGGGCCGAGUCUCAGACUUAUAUUCCUGUGAUAAUCAGUCGAAAGAAUCCGUCCAGCACAUAGUUUUUGUUUGCCCUCUGAACAGUGCUGUUAGGAGAAAUCUGCUGAGUCCAUUCUGGACUCCCAGUCGAGACCCAACUUGCCUUUUUAUUACAGGAUACUAACUCAGUGGCAACCUUGCAAAUGGCCUCUUACAUGAAUUCUAAAAUCCUUCCAUUUCCCCUUUUCUGUAUUAAAUAUCUGAAAGUUGUAUAGGUUAGACUUUUAUUUAUUCUUCCAUUUGUAUUUUAUUUUAUCCUAUUUUAUCGAUUGUAUGACAAACGUGUCUUGUUGUGUUUAUUUUAUGUAUGAGCUUAUAGCUGCAAUAAAGGUAUCUAUCAUUUCCAGAGGUCAGGGGAGCAGGGACAUAGGAUGAUAUGAAAGAAUUAAUACACUCCUGGAAUUCUGGAUUGAGCUUUUUCCUACGCCAGCCAGCUAUGU